UAUCCCCGGGGAAAGCCAUCUGGCUCCCAAUUUGCAAUAACAGCAUAACUGUUACACAAAAAAGCGACUAUAUUAAGAUCGCAACAUCUAACAAUGACAGUCUAUUUUUCUGUUUCAUUAGUGACCAGCUAGGGUGAAACUUGCACUUCAGUCUUACAUUAUAGUAAAUGCAAUGUUUGAGCAGGCUCAUGUUAUAGAAAAAAUGUAGAGCAGGGCUAAAAGACAUUAUGAAGCGGGAGGCAAUGUUCAAAUAAUUAUUGUGCUGAUCUCUGACAAGUGCACGCUGUGGCAAAAUGCGUAUGAUGCAAAUGCAUUCGUUUUAGUCGCUUGCGUCUGCUUCAGACAGUAACUUUAAUUGCAUUGCCACUGCGUCUGUGUGCGAAGGACGAAAGCUGUUUCUGAUUGCGGACUGAACGAAAGAAAGAAGGGGGAAGAAGGGAAGGGGUGGGGGACGGUUUGGCGACAGCUUUGUUACGUUCUUACGUCAGAUUGUGAUAUACCAAGGCAGUAACCAGAGGCGAUUCGACGUCAACGGAAAGGGAGAAUUAGAAAAAUGUCCCGUUUAUGAAUUCAUAGCAUCGCAUUGAACAGCCAAGACGGAUUGUUGCGGUGCACCAUAAAAGUGAAACACCAGGCUGACUGAAUAAGGUUACGGGGGCGUGGUCCCCACCCCUAGUGAGACCGCCCAUUGCCAAGAUGUCUGCUAGGGAUCGCUGCCCCCGCCAGCGCCCGUGGUCCAUGUACCACGCCAACACCACUGACCUCUCCUCAGAGAUUCUGGGGCUCACACUAGCAGGAAACAGCCAGGAUCCUGAUGAGCCUGUGCUGGAGUUCAGCCUGGCCUGUAGUGAGCUCACAACUCCUGCUCUAGAGCGCAAACCAAACAGUUUUGUUGCCGUUAGUUGCACCACACCCCCCCAGGCUUUCUGGACCAAGCAUGCCCAGACGGAGAUCACAGAGGGCACCAGUAAUCCCAUCUUCCUUAGCAGCAUCGCCUUCUUCCAGGACUCCCUCAUCAGUCCGCAGACACAGGUCAAGCUGUCGGUCUACGAUGUCAAGGACCGCGCUCAGGGAAUGAUGUACAUGCUGGGCUCCGCUGUGUUUACGGUGAAGGAACUGCUGCAAGACCCCCAGCACAGGCUUCACCUGACGCUCAGGUCAGCAGACAGAGAGUGUGUGGGCAACAUCUCUAUCAUCGCCUGGGGGCUGGAAGAAAAGAGGGACCAGAGGCCUCUUCUGGCCAGGCUGCCGGACACCAUCAAUGGGAAGAUGGUACUUCCUGUGGACGAGAGCCUGACAGAGUCUAUGGGAAGCAGAGCUACAUACGCUUCUUUGUGCAAGGACACGCUACUUAAAUCUGUGUUCGGGGGCACUAUGUCACGCAUGUACCGCUUCCCCACCACCGAUGGGAACCACCUACGGGUCCUGGAGCAGAUGGCAGAGAGCGUGCUGUCCCUCACCGUGCCCCGGAACUUCGUCAAACUCCUGCUGGAGGAGGACGCCGCCAGGGUUUGCGAGCUGGAGGAACUGGGCGAGUUGUCCCCGUGCUGGGAGAAUCUGCGCAAACAGAUCAUCACUCAAUAUCAGACAAUCAUCCUGAACUACCAGGAGACCAUCCAUAACCUACAUGAGUAUAAGGGACCCUCCUUCAAAGCCAGCAACCUGAAGGCAGAGAAGAAGCUGGAGUUCAUUCCCACUAACCUCCAUGUGCAAAGGAUGAGGGUGCAGGAUGAGUCGGGUUCGGAUCAUACGUACGAUGUGGUGACCAUUGGGGCCCCUGCUGCCCACUGCCAGGGCUUCAAGCACAGCGGCCUGCGGAGGAUCAUCAACAAGUUUGAGGAGGCAAGGCGGCACUUUUAUGAGGAGGGUUGCAGCGCGAUGGCCGGAUCCCAGUCCAUGGUGUACAUUCCGCAGGACAUCGUCCGUGCCAAGGAGAUCGUCGCACACAUCAAUACGCUAAAGACGCAGGUCAGCUACUAUGCCGAGCGACUUUCCCGCGCUGCCAAGGAGCGCUCCGCCAAUGGCCUGGAGAGGACCCUAGCCAUCCUGGCUGAUAAGACCCGGCAGCUGGUCACCGUGUGUGACUGCAAGCUCCUGGCAUCCGCCAUCCAGGCGCUGAACGCAGCCCGGCCGGAGUACAUCGCCUCCAAGGCCUCGCCGACCGGCACCGAACCCGAGCAGGUGGUUCUGCGCAACGACCAGGACACGUUACUGGCCAAGUGGGCAGGACGGACCAGUCGCACCUCGCUGCAUGUCAGUUGGCAUGAGGAGGAAUGGGAGAAGGUGUGGCUAAAUGUGGACAAGAGCCUGGAGUGCAUCAUCCAGCGUGUCGACAAGCUCCUGCAGAGGGAGCGACUGAGGAGUGACAGCAGUGAGGAGGUCUUCCAGGGUGAACAGUCAGGUGGUGCCAGCAAGAAAGGUAACAAGAGGCCAUGCGUGUUCUGGAUUAACCCUGGCAGCAUGGAGGAAUCACCUCAGGAGCCACCAUCACUGCCAUCUUCCACAUCAGCCCCUCCUCCACCAUCAUCUGCAAAAUCCAUGCCGAGUGCCGCAUGCCAAAUCAGUCAUGGCAGCCCCAAUGCAGAAGAAGCCGCCCCAGGCGAGUGGAGCGACGCCCUCUACCCGCUGCUCACCACACUGGCGGAGUGUGUGGCCAUGAUGAGCGACAAGGCCAAGAAGUCCAUGGUGUUUCUGCUGAUGCAGGACAGCGCCCCCACCAUCGCCACGGCGCUCAGCCUGCAGUACCGCCGCGACGUGGUCUUCUGCCAGACGCUAACGGCUCUCAUAUGCGGUUUCAUCAUCAAACUGAGGAACUGUCUCCGUGACGACGGCUUCCUGCGACAGCUUUACACCAUUGGCUUGCUGGCGCAAUUUGAGAGCCUGCUGAGUACUUACGGGGAAGAGCUGGCCAUGUUGGAGGACAUGAAUGUGGGGGUCAUGGACCUGAGGAACGUCACCUUCAAGGUGACACCGGCCACAUCGAUGUCCAGCCCCGACAUGCUGCCGGUCAUCACAGGGAACCGCGACGGCUUCAAUGUGCGAAUCCCUCUGCCGGGCACCAUGUUCGACGCGUUGCCGCGGGAGAUUCAGAGCGGGAUGCUGCUGCGUGUGCAGCCAGUGCUCUUCAACGUGGGCAUCAACGAACAGCAGACGCUGGCCGAGAAGUUCGGAGACACGUCUCUGCAGGAGGUUGUCAACACUGAGAGUUUGACUCGACUGAGUUCUUACUACGAGCAGUUUAAGGAAGUCUUACCUGAAGACUGUCUUCCUCGGUCUCGCAGCCAGACCUGCUUGCCAGAAUUGCUGCGGUUCCUGGGUCAGAACGUCAGCGCCAGAAAGAACAAGAAUGUGGACAUAUUGUGGCAGGCCGCUGAGAUCUGCCGGCGGCUCAAUGGCGUGCGCUUCACCAGCUGCAAGAGCGCCAAAGACCGCACAGCCAUGUCAGUGACGCUGGAGCAGUGCCUGAUCCUGCAGCACGAGCACGGCAUGGCACCGCAGGUCUUUGCACAGGUCCUGGACUGCAUGCGCAGCAUUGGCACCAGGGAGGGGGUCACCCAGAAGAACCUCAGUGGCCUGUUGCCCAUCCGUGUUUUCAACCUAGACCCCAGCCUCCUGUACUCUCUGCCCUUGCUGGCGCUCAGCCCCAAUCUCCUGAUGGUCUUGUUCUUUCUGAGCGCGGUCUACGUGCUGAGCAAGCUGCGCUACAACUGAGGACUGUUCGUCCCGCCUGCCACUCAGCUGCCUGUCCCCAUUCCGUCUGACUGUCAGUCUGGCCACUGGCCUUCCUGUCCAUGUGCCUGUCAGGUAUACUGGUCGGUCAGCACGUUCUGAGUCUUGAAAGUCGUGCGUGUCUCUCAGCAAGGCGCCGUACUCGAGUAUCGUAUGUUGGCCCAGAAUUGCAUUUCCAUGUCAGGACGGAGGGUGGUUAGCCUAUAAAUCUGAGCCCAUCGGGUAAUUAUGAAGCUUAGCUAUGUAUGCAUCUAGAGACAUACAUAACGAGUAACGAUACAAAAAUGACACUUCAUGAACCAAUUGAUGUAUUUUUUGACCCCACUAGAUGGCGCUCUCUGUUCAAAAAAAGAGCCCAAAACAUGUCCCAAAGCAGAGCAAGACCACCAUCUAGUCGGGUUAAAAAAUACACCAAAUGGUUCGUGAAGCAUCAUUUUGUCCAUCACUAAUAACCAGUAAACCAAAAUGACAUUAACUUGAAAGUAUAAUCAGUACUAAUGAAGAUGUACAAAGUGGUUAUACAAACUAAGUUAUUAAGUAAUGUGUAUCUGAUCUCAGAGAUCUAACUGUAUAGUAGAACCUUCUGAGAAAGAUAUGACCCAAAUGAUUUCCAUACUUACCUGCUCUGUCAAGCUUGCUUCUUGUGAAUAGCUCAGACCCAGCGCACAGGUGUAAAGGUCUAUGCCAAUUACACUGUCAGCGAAUGCCUUACUUUAAUUUCCAAGAAAAUUACUGAGUUUCCCAGAACCUUUGAAGUGUAACUGAGAAGCAACAAGCCUAUCCAGCUGAACGUAGAUAUUUCAGUUGGUUUUCUAAACAAACUUUAAGCCAUUGCGUUCCCUGGCCACUGUGGUGGCCAUUCCCUCUGAGUUUUGACACAAAAUCAAAACCAAGCUCUUUCUCUGACUGUCAAUCGGGUUUUCCUCACGGGUUAGGAGGAAGACUCAGCCUUUGCUUCAGGAAGCUGAGAUUAAUUUUUACGCCUUUGUUUUCGUAAGGGUUCCAUUAGCAUGGUAUGUCGUACAAGAUGAGAUAUAGCAGGUGUUUGUUUACGCUGUAUUGCCGGAAAGAGUGCCUAAUUAUGUAGAUUAAACACCGUUUACAUGAUUCAUGUCUGUAUGAUAUGCACUGCAUGCACCUGCAAGCUUAUAUUCCAAAUAUAAACACCAUAUGCAGUGUAACUGUCUAAGGGGGAGUGUUUACUGGAUAAUGAGUCACCCAUGAGAAAGUGUGAAGGGCUUGGAGUAUAAAAAUGCAACCGCAAGCCACAAAUGCGCAAUGUGAAUCUAAGAGUCACACAGCAGAGAGAAGUUUCCAGCACCUUCAGUUACGACUUGCUUCUCUCGUUUGCUGGAAUAUGCAGGAAACUCCUUGAGUGCUCCUUUGUAGGCCUGGCCAGUCCUUCUACAGGACAUACUGUAUAACCUACAGCCCAGGCUACUCUGUAACAGACUAGGCUGUGGUCUCAUUGCCCCCACAUUCUGGGUGAGAGGAAAUCGUGUUUUUAAAUGUCACACAGAUUAACUUCUCGCAUGGCUUUAGCCAAAACUACCCCCCCACACAGUGUUUAGUUGUUACUCACAUAAUCAAGUAGCGCAUCAAGUGUGUUACCAGUGUCACAAACGCCUGUCUCUUUUUGUUGAAAUUGCAGUUCCCUGGUGACAGAUUAUUUUGAAAACAAAUAUAACAGAAAACCCAGUACAACAGUUGUAUGACUGACAAAUUGGCUCUUCAGUGAGACGUUAAAAAAAAAUGCAAACAGGAAUUGCUAGUAAGGUAAACUAGUGGAGGGGACAUUUCAUGGUGUUCUAGUUUUACAUAGAAAGGCACUAGUGUAGAACCCAGGUGUGUGGGGGUGCAGGUUCAUGUGCCGUCCAGGUUUCUAACCAGCCUGUUUGAUUGGUGUCAAGCGUCCUGUGUGACUCUGCAUUGCAUUGGUGCCACCCCAACCUCACAGCGUCCGCUGGCUUUUCGUCCGGAAUGUUGGGCUUCGGUGAUGGAGAAUUCCAGUCAAAAAUGCUAGAACUGCAUGGGUAUCCUCUCUGGACAGCUGUAGAAUGGAGUCAUCAGCAUGCGACCAAUUACUCUGGGUGCAAAGAGAAAGAAAGAAACAUGCUUUAGAGGAAUAAGUUUGUAUCUCAGUAUUUGGAAUGUAGCAGGGAUGACAGCUGGAUGAAAAUCAAAAUCUCUGUUUUUUUGUUUUCAUCUGAAUUAAAGUGGCAUUUGAAUCUAUAUUUUGUCCAAAUAUUGCUAAGAAAGAUUUUAUUGAUCUAUAGCUUCUAUUUUGUUUAUUUUGCAAAGAGUCCAUAUUUUAAUAGUAAAAGCUAUCUCUGUGGUGGUAUAUAUCUUCUUACUGCAUGAUUCUGAGUCUGAUUCUGUGCAGUUUGAUCUUGAAUCGGCCUUUUUGAAUGCAUUCCAAAUGUAGCAGGACAACAGAUAAGAUACAUUUGUCUGUUGGUUUUCAGGUAUCCAAAAAUACAAAUGUUAUGCCAUAAGUAUAUCAUUGUUUUUCAGUGUUGUUUUUCUGUGAUGGUGGUAAAUAUAUAUAUCAUGUAAAAUGAGUUUUUCCAUUGUCACAAAAAGUAUCUACAGAAAAAUAAUAUCUAUAAAUUUAUAAAAUGGGUCAUUUGUAUAGAUGAGCCAUUUGUGCGUGUUUAUUUGUGCCAUGUAUUGUUUCUGGCCUUUUAAACUGAUUGCUUUGAAAAAUAAAAAUAGAAAAAUUUCUUUUGAGGUUCCUCUGCUGCCCCCAGACCCUCACUCACCUAAUUCCUGCUCCAUGUGCCCAUUAUCCCAGUCAUAUGACCAUUAUCUCAGUCAUGUGACCAUUGUCCCAGUCAUAUGACCAUUACCUCAGUCAUGUGGCCAUUGUCCCAGUCAUGUGACCAUUAUCUCAGUCAUGUGGCCAUUGUCCCAGUCAUGUGACCAUUAUCUCAGUCAUGUGACCAUUUGCAUCAGUACUGGCUGCCAUGUUAAGAUUUUGUUUUGCAACCCUGUGUAUAACAUUGCAGUUCUAUUUGGUUUGGUUGUUUUAUUUUUUCACCUGCUAUCAUCUGUCUCUAUACCUGCCCUCCUAUCCCCCCC